CAUUUCCCAUUAGCAGUAGCAAACGUAUCAGCAGAAGCAAUAGUAUCAACCAUGAAGCAAGCCGCCGUAGCCAUUAUCCUGACCCUUUUCGUGGCCAGUGGAUGGGCCCAACCUCUGGACAUGCCCGCCCAGCUGGACGCCCAGGUGCGCAGCGUGGUGGAUGAGAUGACUGACAUUGGCAAGACGACCGGCCAGGCACUGGUGCAGCAGUACGAUCAGAUUGUCCUGGAGCCACAGCAGGAGUUGGAGGCAGCCGUCGACCAGGUGGAGUCGCGUCGCGAACAGAGUCCCGAGUGCGUGGCCGCCGAGGAUGAGGAGAUCACCCGCAUUGUGAACGCCGCCCAUGAGGAACUGCACGCCUGCGGCGUUGUGGCUGCCCACACAUCCGCCGAAAUCGCCUCCGAUGUGAGUGCCGCCACCCAGCAGCUGGUCUAUGGAGGCUAUAACCUGGGCACCACCUACAACAAGUGCAACUCGUACAAGAACUCCGUGCUGAAGCAGACCUGCAUGGCCAAGUUCUAUGUCCAGGCCACCGUCUAUCUGGUCAGUGCGCGCUCCUCCAUCAAGACCAUCCGCCAGUCGACCAGCGAACGCAUCCCGGCCGUCUUCGCCGAUGGCAAUGUGUGCACCCACUCCGCAUCCUCGCAGGCGGUGCUCGGUCUCCAGGAGGUCAACAGCCACAUCGAUGCCUGCGUCUCCCGUCGUCGCUAGGUGAUCAAAAAUGGAUUCUCCUGGAUUCUGCAAAUAAAUAUUAUGGAUAUUCUAUGCCAAA